AUGUAUCUGAGAGUUCUGCACAGGGUGCUACACGAAGGAGACCAACCGCUUCAGCUCGACCAGGAGAUUGGGAAUGAUGGAGCAGGAUUUCCUGGUGGUGUAUUUGAUACAUCGUUAUUGACUCGUUAUGUUGAUCAUGUUACACGUAUCAUAUGGGAGGGUCAAGAUCGAGUUGUGAAACUAGUCUUUCAUUAUGAAAAAGUUAAAAGAUUUGGACGACCUCACCCUUAUGUUAAGCCUUUUGUGUUGAACUCUGGUUUAUCGCCUCUAUGCGAUAUUUUAUAUGAUUACCUCGAUACUAGGUUGAUCUUGGAUUUUGUGGAGAGAUGGCAUCAUGAGACUAAUAGUUUUCAUCUACCAAUUGGUGAGAUGACUAUCUCUUUAGAUGACGUGUGGUCGCUCAUUCAUCUCCCUAUCAUCAGAGAGUUUUGCCCAACUAAACCUCUUGAAUAUGAAGAUUCAAUUCAGAUUAUGAUGACACUUCUUGGUGUUGAUCGGGCUAUGGCUUCCGAUGAGUUGAAUCAUUGUCGUGGUUCACAGCUCUGGGAGUUUGUUGCACGAGCAUAUCUUUUUCACCUUGUAGGGUGCACCAUAUUUGCUAAUAAGAGCACCACUUUUGUUCAGACCCAUUACCUGGAGCUAAUUAGAGAUCAGUUAGGAGAUGCUAGCUUUGCAAAUAUAAAACAAUUAUCUGGAUAUCUACCUCUUUUACAAGUUGUGACAUGGUUCCGACAAAGGGUGUAUGGUGUUUAUGCACGAGCAUUGGCUAAUAUUUGUGCAAGGUGUGUGGUGAUUAUACACGAGCAUUUGUUAGCAUUGAUGCUGGGUGCAUGGAAAUUCUUGGGAUGA